UCAAUUUUUCGACAGUGUGCAGCGAGGGUUUCCGGGACGAUGAUAAGUCGAGGCCUGUUAAGAAUUCAAGCGCCCCGGAUUGCGGGAAAAAGGGCAUUUUGUCUUCCUGGCAGACUGACCAAGACGACGAGGAGGUAUUCGACCUCGACUGCGGGAAUGACGUCGCAGGUGCCGCAGAGCCAGGCGGCGAUGCUGGCGACGAUUACUUCGGAUCUGGAUAAGAUUGCUCCGAGGUUUGAAAUGCAGCCCGAGCAAAUUCAGAUUAUUCAGACGCCUGCUGAGUUUUAUCAAACGCUGAAGGACAAAAUCUCGAAAGCCCAACAUAGAGUCUACCUCAGCACCCUCUACAUUGGCAAAACAGAACACGACCUCAUCAGCACCAUCCGCGCGGCCCUCGCUAAAAACCCCAAUCUCCACGUCUCAUUCCUAACAGACGCCUUACGCGGGACCCGAGAAACCCCCAACCCAUCCACGGCCUCGCUCCUCGCCCCUCUAAUCACAGAAUUCGGCGCAGAAAGAGUCCAAAUACGCAUGUACCACACACCCAACCUCACCGGUGUCCGUAAAAAAUACAUCCCCAAACGCAUCAACGAAGGCUGGGGCCUCCAGCACAUGAAACUCUACGGCAUCGACGACGAAAUCAUCAUGAGCGGCGCGAACCUCAGCGAAGACUACUUCACCAACCGCCAGGACCGCUACCAUCUAUUCCGCUCUGCAGAAUUAACUUCGUACUUUGCCAAGAUCCACGACGGCGUGUCCGCACUGAGUUUCGACAUCCAGCCGUCUGACGCGGAGGGCGCAGGAGGAUACCAGAUGGCCUGGCCAUCUUCCAACGCGGGUCCGAAUCCCCUCUCGAACCCGUCUUUGUACAGAAAAGCAGCAGAGAAGCAUCUAUCGCAUCUCCUUACACCCGCGAACUCACCCCCUUCUUCCUCGCAACAAAGCUCGGAUUCAACAACGACGACAAUCCAUCCCAUCCUCUCCCUCGUCCCACUCCUCCCCUCCUCAAGCGAACUCCCCGCCCUAACCUCGCUUCUCACCACCCUCGCCCACACCCCAAGCACCUGGACCUUCACAGCUGGCUACUUCAACAUGACCCCUUCCUUCCGGCGCCUACUCCUCGCCACACGCCCCGCCUCGGGCACAGUGCUAACCGCGCACCCGCACGCAAACGGAUUCUACGGCUCUAAAGGUGUAAGCGGUAUGUUGCCAGCUGCGUAUACGCAUUUGGCCAAGAUGUUCCUAAGGCAGGUGAAAUAUCAGGGUUUGAGUGAUAGUAUUGUGCUGAAGGAGUGGAGGAAGGGGAUGGUGGGGGAGGAGGGGGGUUGGACGUAUCAUGCCAAGGGGAUUUGGGUUGCUUUACCCUCCUCCUCCUCCUCCUCUUCUUCUCAGUCGGCGUCGUCGUCGUCGGCUAAGGAGAAUGCUGAUACCGACCCGUGUCUAACGGUCAUCGGGUCCUCGAACUACACGAAGCGCGCGUACGAACUCGAUCUCGAGGCCAAUGUUAUAAUUUCUACGACUGACCCGGGGUUGAGGAGGCGGUUGGGCGAGGAAGUGAAGUGGUUGGGGGAGCAUGCGAAGAGGGUUGAUGAGAGGGAGUUUGAGAAGGAGGAGAGGAAGGUGGGGAUGAAUGUGAGGUUGGCGAUGUGGGCGGUACGGGUACUUGGUGGGGCCUUGUAGGCUCUGGUUGAUGGAGAAAAGGGAGAGUUGUAUCUAGGUCGUAGAUUGAUGCUUCGUCUUCUUCUUCUGCGAGAGACGCAGUGUAGGAAUAUGUAUUAUUAGUCAAAACCACAAUCAUCACGCAAGAUAAAAGACACGGAAAAGUCGAUUCCAG